AUGUAUCGUAGAAAGGAGGAGUUUAUUAUCUCAGUAAUUGUUCUUACAGUGAUACAGGCUCUAGACAAUAGCUAGGGAAUGAUUAAAAACUUUAUUGGCAUUGGUAUGAAAAGUAUUUAAGGAGCAUUUUUAACACUAGACUCAUCUGAUAAUGUUGAUAUCGAGGAAAAGACCCUAGUAAUCAAAGAUUCAGUGUUCUAAAAUUUGGGGGCAUUUUUUUUUGGAGCAUUUGCUAUUCUUAACAACUUUAGAGUAGAUAUGAUUAUAGACAAUGUUAAGGCUAGUGAAUGUGUGAGUAGGUUUGGUUCAUUCAUAAACUUAUAAGAUAUAAGAACUCUUAGAAUUAACAAUUCCUAGUUAAAAUAGAUGCGAAGUGAUAUAAUGCAGUUUUCUGUUAUAUAUGCCUAAAGUGAUAAGGCUAUACUAGUUUCAAUUACCAACACUAUUCUGAAAUGUGAAAAUAAUUAUGAUAACAAUAAGAUAAUUGAAAUUUUAAGGAAUUAAGAAAAGCUUGGCUCAUCAGUAUUAUAUUUUUCCAAUACAUUUGAAUUGGAAUUCGAAAAUAAUACUUUUUCUCAUUGCCAUCAUGGGUCAUUGAUUCAGCUAAGUUCAGUUUUUUCUUUUAAAGAUAAACAUUCAACAUAUUUCAACAAUUCAGCCUAUGAUACGGCUGUGAUGAAUUUACAAAAUUCAAAGGCAGUGAUUUCUAACAUUAAAAUUUAUAAUAAUAUGGCCUAUGAAUGUGCAGGUAUAUCAUUGGAUGUAGAAUCUAGCAUGGAUAUAGCGAAAUCUGAAUUUAGAAAUAACUAUGCUAUCAAUAAAGUUGGGGCAAUAAGAGUUGUGACAAAAUCUACUCUUAAUAUAAUUGACUCAGUAUUUCAUGAGAAUGUAGCAGAGAACGAAAUAUCAACCAUAAAUAUUUUUGGCUCAACUGAUAUUAUGUAUGGCUAUGAGAUAAAUUUUAUAAACUGCGAAUUUACAGAUAACUACAAUUAGGCUGGGUCAAGAGGAAUAUUCAUAGGGUUUUCAGCUGUUAGCAUUAUCUCUACAUAAUUUGAAGACACUGAUUCUUCAAGAGUUUUAAAGAAAAUUGAGUCUAACAAAAACACAUAAGGCUCUUUUUUAUAUGUACUAGUAGGUGUGGAUUUGAAAAUAUAAUCUAGCAUGUUCAAAAAUGGAUACUCUUACCUAGGGGGAUCAGAUGUGUCUAUUGAAGAUAGCACCUUUCAGAAUAAUAAAGCUUUUUAAGGGGCUGCAAUUGUUGCUUAAUAAUUUGACAGCUUAAAUAUUUUUAAGAAAUGCUAGUUUAUUGAGAAUUAUGCCAUUAAGAGUGGAGAUGAUAUAUAUGCAUUGAAAAUUGAUGGAAUGAUUGUUUUAAACUCUAAUCCCUCUAAUUCACUUGAACUAGACACUAUUAAUUUCUAUGCAGAUAAUUUAAAGAUCACUCGUAAAAAUGAUUUUUAGUAAAAUUUUUAAAUAAUAGAUUCAAAAGGAAAAGUGCAAUAAGUGGAAACAGGAGGUGCUAUUUCAUGCUAAUCUUGCGGUUAAUUUCAUUUGAACAACUCCAUGAUAAAAAACACAAAUGCUCAAUCUGGGGGUGCCAUUUAUCUUUCCUAAAAUGACAUGGAAAAAUUCAAUGGACAAAACUAUAUAGUAAGCAAACUUACAAUUUUAAAUUACUCGCAGAUAAAAAAUACAGAGUUUGAAAGUACUUGGUCAACUAUGUAUGACGGUGGAGCGAUAGGUAUUCUCAAUAUUAAAAAAUUAACAAUCAUUGAUUCAUCUUUUAAUAACUGCAGCAGUAAGAUGUCUGGAGGUGCUUUUAGAUAUGAUUGUCCAAGCCAAACUUAUGACUGUGAAGUUAUUCUUAUUGGACUUAACAGAUUUACAAACAAUAAAGCAAGCACUAGUGGAGGAGCAUUUUAUUGGAAUGAGAAUGAACCAAAGUUUGAUAUGAAAAAGAUCUAUUUUUACAAUAACAUAGCUGGAAUAUAUGGAAAUAAUAUCGGAUGUUAUGCCUAAAAAUUAGGGAAAAUAACUGAACAGAGAUUUCUCCAAAUAAAAGAAACUACUAUGAGAAGUCUUGCAUCUGAAGUUGUAACUGGCGCUUAAAGUUCUUCAAAUGCAACGGGAUUUAGAAGUGGAGAUUCGAUUUCGACUAAUUAUCAACCAAUUAUUGAAGGAUAAAGCAUUUUUUACUCUGAAAAUGGUGUUUUUACUGUUACUGGUCUCUAAUUCACUGGAGAGCCUGGAUAUUCAUAUUCAAUAGUCUUUGAUACUGAUGGCAUUGAUAAUAGCAAACCUGCAAAUAAAUAGUAGCUAUAUUAAAGUAAUAAUGAAGAAAAAUCAAACUUUAACUUGAAUGUUGAAUUAAGAGAAUGUUAAAUAGGAGAAAAAUUUUCAGAUUAAGGUAGCUGCGAGUUAUGUCCAGAAGGAAGCUCUUUCUCUUUAGUUAAAAUGACUUCUCCUGGAUCUUGCCAAGUAUGUCCUACUAGUGUAGCAUUGUGUUAUGGAGGAUCUUUUAUUGGUCCCAAGCCUGGUUACUGGAGAAUGAAUAAUAGAACUAGUAAAUUUAUAGAAUGUCUUAAUCCUGAAGCUUGUCUAGGAAUUAUACCACCUUAUUUUAAAACAACAGGAUCUUGUGAUAUUGGAUAUGAAGGUAUUCUAUGCUCAAGUUGCAGCUAGGAUUAUUCUAGAACAGGCUCAUUUAAAUGCUCAAAAUGCCCAGAAUCUUCCACUAAUAUUCUAAGACUUAUAGGAAUCGGUAACUGUGCUGUAAUAAUAGUGGUUUUACUGAUUAAGUCUACUCUAAAUGGAGCAUUAGUCAAAAGAAACGUAAUGUCAAUCUUCCAGAAAAUCUUUAUGAAUCAUCUUUAACUCAUAAUGAUGACAGCUUCAUUCAAUUAUAACUGGCCAGCAAAGGUAGUUGAGUUUUUUAGUUCAAGCUAACCAGUUGCAUAAGCCUAAACCUAAGUCCUAUCAGUUGAUUGUUUUAUUAAUAAAGGAUUAGGACAAUCUUAAAUUUCUAAUGAAGAAAUAACUUAUCAAAGUUUCGGAAGUGGAAUUACAUCCAGUUUGCUAUACUUGAAACUUUUGAUGUUUGCAGUAUUACCCUUUUUACUUGCAAUAUUAUCUUAUUGCUUUUGGAUGAUUGUUUCAUGUAAAAAAUAAUCAGAAAAUAUAUUAAAGACCAAGGCAGUCUCAUCAUUGGUUAUCCUACUAUUUUUAAUUCAUCCAACUUUGGUAUCUUUUUUCUUUAAAGCUUUUGAUUGCAUUGAAGUUGAUGGUGAAAGCAGAAAUAAAGAAGAUUUGUAAAUAAAUUGUAACACAAAAUAGCAUUAAUAUUUCUCGCUUUUAAUUGCAUUGCCAGGACUUAUCGUUUGGGGUAUUGGAAUUCCCUUUUUUGCUUUUGCUCUGAUGUUUAGAAAAAGUAAAAAUUUAGAUAAUCUUGAGACUAGAGCUCAAUAUGGUUUUUUAUUCAGAGGUUAUAAGAAGCAAUUUUAUUAUUGGGAGAUAGUGAUUAUGUAUAGGAAGAUUAUCCUAAUAUUUAUCUCUGUUUUUGUUGUCAGCAAUGGUAUCAUUACAUAGUUUUCUGAUGAUUACUUUAAAAAAACGGCCAUUCUAAACUGUAAUAUUAAACAACUUAGAGAUAAUAUCAUUAAUAACAUCUACAAUAACAGUGUUUUGUGGACUAUUCUUUAUCUUAGAUAUUACGACAACUACUGUUUAGGAGGAUAGUAUAUAAUCUACAUCAAAUACAUCAGGAACAACAUAAUUUUCUUUGCUUAUUGGUCUUAUGAACUUAUUAAGGAGCUUAAUUCAUUACUUAUUCUUAAAUUUGGAAAGCUCUAUUUGAUGUUAUUUCUAUGCGACAAUAAUUAAAGAUUCGAUAAGCUUAAGAAAUAAAUGGCAAUAAAUGAAGAAAAUGAGAUUCUUCGGGAAAAUUUUAUGAGUUACCUAGCUGAUAUUAAGAAACUAUAUUCAUCUGGUUAGAUUAUUCUAAACAAAAAUGUGAUUGAAAGACUUUAAUUGUACUUAAGCCGAGAAAAAAUUUUAGAGAUUCUAGGAAAAAAGAAUAUUGUAAUAGCUUUACAAGAUGAAAGCGAUGAUAAAUAAAUUUAAGCAUACCGAGAAAUAAGAAAAUCCAACACUAAGGAGCUGAGAUAAUCGAUCCCUACAAUGGAUAUAAGCAGAAGUAUUGAGGACCUUAAUGAAGAGGAUUUCUUAAAAGAUAAUGAUUAGGGGAAAAAUGGCUAGAGGCUAGAGAAUUUACCAGUUAUUAUGGAAUAUGAGGAUGAACAAAACUAUUUUGAUUUCAAAGAUGAAAAUGUUCAUUAAAAAUAGCAAAUUAUUAAAGACUCAAUCGAUUAACUUCAACCUUACAAAGUAGAUGAAGUCUUUAAUCAAAAGCGAAACUUUAAAGAUGAUUAGGAUAUAGUGAAGAGACUAAGAGGUUUUAGUUGUGCCAAAGAAGCUAAAAAUAUGAGAAUACAAACGCCAGGUUAUAAUCCUUAAAAUUUUGAGAAUUAAUAUCUUUGCUAGAAUAACAGAAAGUAUACUGAAGAUGCUUAAGACUAUAUCUAGUAGAUUAACUUAAUAAAAAUUGGCAAAGACUAAACACUAAUAGAAGAAGGGGAUAAAUCAGACACAAAUAUAAUUAGCAUGAUCGAUGAAAAUAGUUUCUAAGAAGAACUAGAUAUGAGCAAGAAUAACUUAGUUAUUGAUGAAUUAUUUUAGGUAGUUUAAAAGAAAAAAUUCUUAAAAAAGAUCUCUAGACUCAGAAAAAUUAUCAAUCCUAAAUCUAAAAUACUAUAGUAAUCAGCAUCUUUAAGAAUUUAGACUAAAAUGAGCAUACCAGUGGUGUAGAAUGUAAGUAUUGUUAGAAGAGGUACUGUAAAGAUAAGUUAAGAAAGACAGUCUAAUGAUUUAGAGAUUGAACUUAAAAAUAAAGGUAUGGGCAUGUUAUCUCCAACUAAUCAAUCUAACAAAAAUUAAUCAAACAAUCAAACGCCCAUUUUGAAUCAGAGUGAUGGAUUUACUACUUUAAACAUGCUAAAGGAUGAUGGUGAGGAUGAAUAGUUAUUUAUAGAGGAAUUAGACAGAGACUUGGAUAUUAUUGAAAGGUUCCAAAGGUCAAAUGAUAAUUUAUAAUGA